AUGUCCAAAGCAUAUUCAGGGAGAUUGGGAAUAGCAAGAGCGUUUUCGGGAUAUUAUCUCCGUAACCGGCCGGUGAUCCAGCGGAUUCUCACUGGAGCGCUAACGCUGUACAUUGCGGGGACACUAACCGUGGGCCUUCGUUCUGGGUCAUCCGCGUCAAGAGCUGGAUCAACUAGGAGACGAUCCAGAGGCGAUGCUAGUGGGAAGGAUGGAAAAUCAGAAAAAGUCGAGAUCGAUGCCGUCUUCUACGAAAGACUCAAAACACUGUUGCGCAUAGUCAUACCAGGGAUAAGAUCGAGAGAAGCCAUGCUACUUCUCAUGCACACUAGUUUCCUGGUUUUUCGAACAAUGCUGUCGUUAUACGUCGCUGACCUCGAUGGAAAAAUCGUAGCUGCACUAGUGCGAGCGCAAGGCAAGCAAUUUCUGCUCAGAAUUCUACACUGGCUCCUCAUCGCCGUCCCGGCUACCUACACAAACAGCAUGCUCCAAUUCAUCCAAAGUAAACUCGCAAUGGCGUAUCGUACGCGACUCACCAAGGAAGUAUUCAACAUGUAUUUCGGUCAGGAUGGCGAGGAAGAUAAAGUUUUCUACAAAAUGGCCAACCUAGACGACAGAAUAAAAAACGCUGACCAACUAAUCACCGUCGAUCUUCAUCGCUUCUCAUUCCACCUGGCAGAGAUCUAUUCCAACCUUGCUAAGCCAGUGCUGGAUGUCAUUCUAUAUAAUGUGCAAUUGUCAAGAAAUAUUGGUGCGGAAGGGUUGUUCGCCCUGACGAUUUUAGUUCAAGGGUCCGCAACUCUCUUACGAGCACUUACUCCAUCAUUUGGUAAUUAUGCGGCACAAGAAGCAGCCCUUACAGGUGCACUCCGACAUUCUCAUUCUCGAUUGCUCGAAGCAUCAGAGGAGGUCGCUUUCUACGGUGGCGAAGAGACGGAGAAAUACCUCAUUGAGCGAGACUACUACGGUUUAAUCAAACAUCUCAACCGUACGCUGCGGUUACGACUUGCGCACGGCAUUGCCGAGGAAGGCAUAAUCAAGUGGCUUUGGGGAGCGUUCGGUCUCUGUGUUUGUGCUAUCCCAGUGUUCGUGAAGAUACCUGGUGUUGGCUCUAGCUUCAUCACCAACAGAAGACUACUGAUAUCCAGUUCUGACGCAUUUGGUCGUGUGAUGUAUUCCUACAAGGGCGAAACUAUCGGAGUUGGCGGCUAUACGGCUCGAAUGGCUCUACUUCUCGACACAAUGAAGGAUGUGAAGCAGGGUAAAUUCGAGAAAGCAUUGGUUAGCAGUUCCGAUAUUGCAGAGAAUGCCAAAGUCCUCUCUGGGCGAGGGACGGUGAUCGAGUCUGAAGAUGACGACAUCCAACUUACUGACGUUCCUAUCGUAAGCCCGAAUGGUGACAUUCUUGUUCGCAAGUUGUCGAUGCAUGUCAAGCGUGGGCAACAUCUUUUGAUUGUUGGACCUAAUGGCUGCGGCAAGUCAUCACUAUUCCGAAUCCUUGGGGGCCUGUGGCCUGUAUAUGGCGGCACUGUGCGCAAACCACCUGCAAGGGAGUUUACAUACAUCCCACAACGGCCCUAUCUCUCGAUGGGCACACUCCGGGACCAAAUCAUCUAUCCGCACUCGAAAGAACAGAUGUUGGCUCGCGGAAAGACGGAUAGAGACCUACUUGCGGUGCUUGCCGUUGUACAGAUGGAGCAUAUCGUCGAACGCGAAGGUGGAUGGGAUAGCACGCGAGAUUGGAAAGAUGCACUAAGUGGAGGAGAUAAACAGAGAAUUGCCAUGGCGAGAUUAUUCUAUCAUGAGCCGAAAUAUGCCAUCUUGGAUGAGUGCACGUCUGCUGUUGAUUUUGAGAUCGAACGUAUCAUGUUCGAGUAUGCUACGGAACGGAACAUCACUCUAUUAACUGUUUCGCAUCGACCAUCACUGUGGCAAUACCAUCAAAUGAUCCUGCAGUUUGACGGGCAGGGCAACUAUGUUUUUACGGAGCUCGAAGCUGGCAAGAGGCUAGCUUUGCAAGAGGAGAAGCAAGCGUUGGAGGCUAAAUUGCUUGAAGUACCCAAGCUCAAGGCGCGUCUGGAGGAGCUUAAGGCUCUUCGCUCUCCAGUGCUUUGA